AUGCUCUCCUCGGCCUUCCCCCGGAUCGCUACCAGGGCCUCGCGGGCGCAGUUCGGCAAGGCUCGCUUCGCCUCGUCGAUGCCCCAGCCUCAGGCUCCCUUCUGGGCCUCGAAGACUGCCCUCGCCGGUGCGACCGCCGUCACUGUUGGUACCACCGCCUGGUACAUGCACCUCUACGGCAACCCCUUCCUGACCGAGGCUUCCGCCAACACCGCCGCCGAGGUCGGUCUUCACCCCGCCGAGUACCCCUGGCCUAACAAGGGAUGGCUCGACACCUUCGACCACGCUUCGAUCCGUCGUGGUUACCAGGUCUACCGUGAGGUCUGUGCCGCCUGUCACUCGCUUGACCGCAUUGCCUGGCGUAACCUUGUCGGCACCUCCUACACUGCCGACGAGGCCAAGGCCAUGGCCGCCGAGUUCGAGUACAAGGACGGACCCAACGACGAGGGAGAGUACUUCGACCGCCCGGGAAAGCUUGCCGACUACAUGCCCGCUCCCUACCCCAACGAGGAGGCCGCCCGUGCCGCCAACAACGGUGGUCUUCCCCCUGACCUUUCGCUGAUCGUCAAGGCCCGCCACGGUGGUGCUGACUACAUCUACUCCCUCCUCACCGGUUACGUCGAGCCUCCCGCUGGUGUCACCGUCGCCGAGGGCAUGAACUACAACCCCUACUUCCCCGGAGGCAUGAUCGCCAUGGCCCGUACCCUCUUCGACGGUCUUGUCGAGUACGACGACGGCACCCCCGCCACCACUUCGCAGAUGGCCAAGGACGUCACUCAGUUCCUCAACUGGGCCGCCGAGCCCGAGCACGAUGAGCGUAAGAAGAUGGGUCUCCAGGCAGUUAUUCUGCUCGGAUCGUUAACCCUCCUCUCGGUCGUAGUCAAAAGGUCAAAGUGGGCCAGUCUCAAGUCUCGUCUCCCACGCUCACCCGUCCAAAGCGAUGGUUGGCAAUCACAACCGCUCGAGGAGCGGACCACACAGCAUCAAGAGUUCCGGACGUGGGCCGUGCCACAAUCAGAGGUGUACGCGAUGAGGGAUAGGGUUCGGGUGGCGCGGGACGGUCUCAUUCGACGCCGCCGAGACAGGGCCAUCACGGUCGAUGAGGACGCGAUCAAGCGCGCCCGGUAUGACGGGACCGCCCUGGACGUGGAAUGCUCUCGCUCGGUGCUGGACCAGAUGCGCGAGUCGUUACCUUUUGUGCUCGACUCGCACGGGCAGCAGACCCUGCGGGGCGAGAUUGACCAGUUGUGGCCGCCGAUGGACCUUAGUGAAGAGGCCGAGAUGAUCACCAUGGCUGAUCUGCCUCUCGAGGAGAACGAGCUGGACAUCCCGUACCCUUCCCGACCUCUCGAAGACUUGCUUGACGACAGGGGCAGGAUUCCGAGACGACCGACCAACGUCGACCCGUUUCGCGAAUUGCACUUCUGCAACCCGCACCCAGGCAUCCCAUCAUGA